UGAUCGCUGGUAAAGGUUAUCACAAUAACGAAUGGCGUAGAUUCGUGAAUGAAGCAUAUUUGAAGAGAUGCCUGAACUUGAAAUUGCUUGCUGAUCCGAAACCCUCUGAAAUGGUACCCAUCAUGACACCGUCGAGGAGCACAAGUGAUAGUGAGUCAAUUGAUCCAGACGGCCAGCAGGAACAGAGCUCGAUCGGAAGUACUCCAUCUUCCCCAAAAACGGUGACUUUCCAACCAAAAACGCUGAAAGUUUUAUCCAUUGAAGUAUAUGAGAAAUAUAAGAUUUCUCUUUCGACAUUGACCAUUACACCUAAUCUAGGAAUGAAAGAACAUCCUCGUGUUGAAAUUUCUUGUCUCAUUACUCAUCAUCCCAAUGAUCCACUAGCUGACAAAAGACUAUUGACCAUUCAAAAAGGAAGAUCUGUUGCCAGGAAGUCCACAACGAAAAAUGGUUCAAAGCAAGCCAAGAAAAAGGUUAAGAUACCACGAUCCAAAAACAUUUCAGAUGAACAACUAGCCCAAGUAUUGAAAACAUUGAUUGCUGAUAACCUACUAUGUAAUAUAUUGCAUGACAGUGGUUAUCCAGACCUGAUAGCUAAAAUAAAUAGAGAAAACCCGGGGUUGAUGGGAGUUACUGCUGCAGGAAUGGCAAAACAUAUGAGAACCAAAUUUGUUACGGAAAUAUUUACUAAAAAUGGCAAACGAUACCAUUUGAAUGAAGAGGAAAUGAAUGGAGUUCGUAAAAUUAUCAGAAAAUGUCAAAAAAAAACAAAUAAUAAGGCAAGAAAGGAAAUUUACUGAAUGCAGCAAGAAUCUUGAAGUUUUAAUUUUCUUUUUCUCCCCUUCAACCAGUCCUCUUCAUCGCUGGUUCCUUCUACCGGCUCAGGAAU